GGUAACUUUUGGCCAAUAGUUAAGCCCUUCAAAAGGUAGCAGGCAAAACAGGUGGCCACUCAUAAAUACAGUUAAAAAAGAAUUACCUUUUGCUUUAAUCUCUCUGUUCCGCUUUGACCAUCUGUUCAGUAUCAGGUUAAGUUACCUUUACUUGGGAUUUGAACCGUGUCUAUAUCCAUGUAUUUGGGUCAUCACACAGCAGAAGUCACUAAUCUUUCUCCGGAAGCUACAGAGAAAGAUGUCUAUGAAUUUUUUUAUCACUGUGGUGAAAUUGAGCAAGUAGAGAUCAUCAGAUUGAGUGAACAUGCUUCUGUAGCCUAUGUUACAUUCAAGGAUACUUAUGCACUGGAAAUUGCUGUGUUACUCAGUGGAUCCACUAUAUUAGAUCAAUGUGUUCGUAUCUCUUGCUUGGAAGUUCCACUAGAUGAAGCCAAUCCUUGGAAUAGCUAUAUACAUAAGAUGGAGAAUGGAAGCAGCUCUGCGCAGCUCAACCAUACAAAUCAGUUUGUGUCAACUCCUGGAGAAGCUGUGACCGUGGCACAGCAGGUAGUUGUAACCAUGAUAGUGAAGGGAUAUCAACUAAGUAAGGAUGCGCUGACCAAAGCCAAAGCUUUUGAUGAGUCUCAUCAGCUCUCAUCUACUGCAGCAGCAAAGGUGGCAGAUCUCAGCAAGAGAGUUGGGCUUACUGAUAAAAUUCAGUCUGGCAUGGAGACUGUUAAAUGUGUGGACGAGAAGUACCAUCUUUCUGAGGUUACUAAGUCCGCUGCAUCUUAUACAGGGAAAACAGCCGUAGCUGCUGCGACUGCUGUUGUUAACAGUAGUUACUUCUCCAAGGGAGCUCUUUGGGUUUCAGAUGUUCUGAAUCGGGCUGCCAAGGUCGUUGCUGACUUGGGUAAUAAUGGGGUAAAAAAAGAAACAGUUCCUAUGGAAAUGGACCAAAUUGGUAAAUAAGGCUGACACAAUGUUUGCCCACAUGGAAUUGUGCAAAGGUGUAAGCUUUUCAUGGGGACAUGAAUGUGAAUAUGAACAAAUUUAGGUAGUUGAAGCAAUCUGUGGUGUUGAAUGGGAGGGUGCAACAUGGUUUAAUCAAUUUGAUUUCCUUAUGGGAGUACAAUGUAAGUAAUAGGCUUGACUGGAUUGCAUGUUGAUCAUACAUGUCAUGUUUUUCAGCGGGCUGGUAUUUAAUCAUUAGUUAAUGAGACGUGUUAUUGACAAA